UGAGCCCUGAGUGGACGAGAGAGCGACAGUCGGGCGCAACCGAGCCGCACGGGGUGGCCCAGGCCCCGCAGGGUCGAGCCUUUCCCUCCACAAUUUGUUCGAUCCCCAUCUGUUCCUCAACACCUCGAUUGAACCAUUUACAAUACCAGCAAUAAAUUACCCCGAGGUUACCUGCCAGACCAACCCUUGAAGCGCCCCCCAACCGGAAACCUCUCAGCAUCACCCAUUCACAAUGAACGAGGAGGAGCUUGCCGAAUCGCUCAAGCUUCGAGCUGAUAUUUUCCCUGAUGGCCGUUUGCUGGAAACAAGACUCAAGCCUGGGCAGGGACAGGAUCAAGUAUUUGCCAAAACAACCGAGAACUCUAUCUGGAAACGUGAAAAAGUACUCGCGCGUGGGAAUGCGGACGUGUUCCUAUAUUCAUCCCUAAAGGGAGAAUUGCGGGUACUGAAGCAGAUUCGUUGGCAAGAAGAGAUUGGCAAUUAUCGCCGAGAGCUACACAUGAUGGAACGGGUAUCGAAGGAGGUGGAACCGCACCAGAAGGAGCUAUUUGUCGAGCUCAUUGGCUGGUUUCCGUCCAAAGAUUACAUCUACUUCGUACUGGAGUACUGUCCUUACGGGGAUAUUUCUCAACAACCCACUCCUAUGCUGGAAGCGAAAGCGUGGUGUGUAUGCAAUCAAAUAAUUGAAGGUCUGUCUGUUUUACAUGAACUGGGAAUCAUACAUCGCGAUAUUAAGCCAGAGAACAUCUUGGUUGUUGACCUGAACCCCAUCCGAGUCAAAAUCGCGGACUUUGGGAUCAGCAAACUCGCCCAUAAAGAUGACACACAACCAUCAACACAGAAAACAACUAAAAUUGGAACGCCCGGCUAUAUGGCCCCUGAACGGUUGCGCUUGGUUGGUGGAGUAGGGUCAAGCCACACACCUGCCGUUGAUCUAUGGUCUCUAGGCUGUCUGCUGCACUAUAUUUUAACGGGCAAAAUUCCGUUCACGGAUCAUUUAUCCGAUACGAACGAUGCAAAUACAGUGCUGGAGAAAUAUUGCAAUGGCGAUCAUAGCUUCCUGGAAAAGCCUCUAGCCCGGUAUCGCGUUAGCUUGUCGGGCAGAUGUUUCGUGCAAAGACUGCUAGCUCCUCUUCCUGAAGAUAGACCGCGAGCUUCAGGGCAGCUUAUGAUGGAUUGGAAGUUUCCUCCGGCCACAGUAAACGAUGUUUCACUCGCCACAGAACCAUUUGAGACAUCUCAACUCUCAAUUACCGAUACUAAUCAUAGUGUGAUUUCGCAACAACAGUUUCAUUCAGACCAAUCACUAUUGUUUGAAUAUUCCGACAGCAUUAUAACGGAGCCCCAAAUGGACCUGCCAUCGUCAGAACUUUGGUAUCUCUUGAAGUCGGAAAAAGACGGUCGAUUAGACAGGGAUAGACUUCGAAUUUUGCUUCUAUCACACGCCAACCCAAAUGCUUAUUUGAGAGGAUAUACAGCUCUGCACAUCGCCGCAGAGCAAGGCAGCGCAGAAACAAUAAGUGUGCUCCUUAGUUAUUUUGCGGAUCCCGAAGCCCGUACAAAGCUCACGCAGGAGACAGCCCUCCACCUUGCUACCGCGCAGGGGGGGCCCGCGUCAGUUGACAAAAUUUUUCAGCUGGUUUCAGUGGGUAAGGCUAACCCGGAGGCCCGAAAUCCCGAUGGCGACACAGUUCUUCAUCUAGCGAUUCGUAGAAUGGGGGCUGCGGCAAUUGAAAUUCUGCUUGAAAAAGGGGCGUCUACGGAGACAAAGGGACGCUUUGGGCGAACUCCGCUUCAAUAUGCAAUUUUCCUCGGAAGAGAAGAUCUCGCGAUGGUUUUAUUGAAUCACGAGGCGAACCCGUACUGUGAAGACGAGGACGGUCUCACACCACUUCAUCUGGCAGUGAAAUCCAACAAACUGAGCAUUUCAUUUAUGGAGAUUCUGAUCGGAAAUGGAUCCCGUCUCAACCACGAGGAUAACCGUCGUCAAACCCCACUUUUUGUGGCAGCCACUUAUGGAAGACGGGACUUCAUACGUCUAUUGAUUGAUCGUGGCGCCGAGUGCCGACCUCAUUCUGCUGAACUUGAAACCCGCAUUUCUAAAGCACAGCAUCGCUCGCAACCCGGCCUGCGCAUACCAUGGCUUUCCUCAUUCGGUGCAAAAUAG